AAAGUGUCAUUGCUUCGAAAUGUCACAAUAUGCACGUAACAACAUUGCCGGCUCGAAGAAAACAGUGUAAAAUAAUUGCACAAAUUGUUUAAAUGUGUGUAAAUAUUUAGUGCUGUACAAAACGCUGGGUACACCAAUAUGUCGAAUAUGUUGCUAAGAUUAUCCAGCCGAAGUUUGCGCGAGCUGAGUGGGAGUGCCGGAUUGUUUGGCACCACCAGAACAAACCUACCCCAUCAGCUCAAACUGUCCAAACAUGGUUCCAUCUUUGGCCGGUUUCAGCAUACAAACCGCCAGUCUGAUCCAAUGAAAGGCAAGGGCCCAAUCACGUGGAAAAGUUUUGCAUUUAUUGCCACCGCCGGUAUCGGUGUGCUCGGAUUCAUGUGGUACGUAAAGGACGAGAAAGAGCAAGCUCUGCUGCGGGAACGGAAGCGACAGCUGGGCAAAGCAGCCAUCGGAGGAAAGUGGGAUUUGACCGACUCGGAUGGUCAGCCACGCAAAUCGUCCGAUUUUCUAGGCAAAUGGUUGCUGAUAUACUUUGGCUUCACGCACUGUCCCGACAUCUGCCCGGAUGAGCUGGAAAAGAUGGCGGCCGUGGUAGAUAAUCUGGAAAAGGACAAGGAUGCCGAUCCGGUGCAACCAAUUUUCAUCACCGUCGAUCCGCAGCGAGACACCAAAGAGAUUGUGGGUAAAUACGUGAAGGAGUUUUCGCCGAAGUUGCUCGGUCUUACCGGCACGGUGGAACAGGUAGCCCAGGUAUGUCGAGCAUUCCGCGUGUACUUUAGUGCCGGUCCGAAAGACGAGGAUGAAGAUUAUAUCGUGGAUCACACAAUCAUCAUGUACUUGGUUGAUCCGAACGGCGAAUUCGUCGAUUACUAUGGACAAAACCGUGAUAAGGAAUCGAUAAAGAAUUCCAUUCUGAUCAACAUGGCAAAGUUUAAGCAGAUGCACAAAUCAUCGUGGUGGUAGAUUAGCAGAUGCUUAUGGUAUUUUGUACGAUAAAGUAUAGUAGCGCUAGUGGCGAUGAAUCGUAUUGGUUAAGUUGAUUAAACACUCGGCAGCAUGUCGUCGUAAUACUAUUA